CGGAAGUGGACAGGGCCAGCCAUGGCGAGCUCGGCUUCGUCGUCGGUGAGGGCACCGCGGCCCAAAAAGGAGCCGCAGCCGCUCGUCAUCCCCAAGAACGCAGCCGAGGAGCAGCGGCUCAAGCUGGAGCGGCUCAUGAAGAACCCGGACAAAACUGUUCCUAUUCCAGAGAAGAUAAACGAAUGGGCUCCAAGACCCCCUCCUGAAUUUGUCAGAGAUGUAAUGGGUUCGAGCGCUGGUGCCGGCAGUGGGGAAUUUCAUGUCUACAGGCAUCUUCGGCGCAGAGAGUAUCAGAGACAAGACUUCAUGGACGCCAUGGCUGAGAAGCAAAAAAUGGAUGCCGAGUUCCAGGAGAGACUGCAGAGGAAUAAAAUGGCGGCAGAGGAGCAGACCGCGAAACGUCGGAAGAAGCGUCAGAAGUUUAAAGAGAAGAAGUUGCUGGCUAAGAAAGCAAAGCAGGAGCCGCAGGAGCCGCAAGAAGGCUCUGACUGUUCUCAAGAGCCUGCGUCCAGUGACAGUCAAGAAGAGGAACAGCCCAGCUUUGUGGUGGGGCGAUAAUGGAGGUGGCUGGCGUAGCGGUGGGCAGAUGUGCGUGCCACUAGCUUUAUGAUCCAGAGCCCAGGACAUCUGAAACAGCCCUGGCUAUGUACGAAGGGCUGAGCAUCACGUCCUCCUCAGGCCAAGAAGCUUGGUAGAGACACAGCUAACGGGAUCCCAUUCUGAACUGGUCAUGGCCUGGCCAUGCAGUCUGGCCAAGCACGUACUGGACCAGCGUUCAUACUAAACCAAGAGUUGCUUUCAAACGUGGGGCACCCCUGGAAUCUCAAGCACGGUACCCCCUAACACCAAGGUAGCGAUAUGGAAUGGUGUUCAAUGACUUCUAGCUAUGGAGGAACGUUUUCAGGCAUCUUAACAAUGAUGGGGCUUGGAGGUCAGUUUCUCUUGUAGAAGUUUUCAUUUGGUAAAGGGCAAAAAGUCUGUGGGCUUUUGUUUGGACAUAAUAAAACAGAUGAAGACAAAA